AUGCUAACUAAAAUGAGUACCAUAAGGUGGUUUAAGCUCGUAGCAUCUGUUAAAACAAGGAAUGCUAUUCCGAUUUCUAACUUUUCGGGAAGUUUUCAAAGAUUCUAUAGCAACGACAAGAAAUAUAGAUCUAUCGAUGACUUCAAUAAACACAAGAAACAGUAUAUCUUUGGGAUUGAAGAUAGCUCCAUCGAUAAUACUAAUGAGAAAUUCGAUCUGCUGAAGGCAGGCCAACUAGAUACAUCAGAGAUACAUGAAAAAAUUGCAAAGUUUGAAAAUCCGGAUCAAGAAGAUAUAAAUCGUAUCAUCGAAAAUGAUCCUAGGCUAAUUGAUUUAAAACCAGGAUCUGCGGAUUAUAAGCAACAAAUGCAUAUUGUACACCAUGAAUACCAGAAGAAUAGAGAAAAGAAUAAAAAGUGGUACGAAACCUUUGAGAGACUCAAGGGAAUUGGUAUUGGAGCUCUUGCGUUGAUAUCUAUUGUUGCUGCCCAUCAGGUAAUCAUCAAUUAUGAGUCAAUCAAAAGUAGAGCGCUCCAUAAGUUCAAGUACGAUUUGGACGACUCUAAGGUUAGCGAUAAUUCGCAGAAACAUACGAAGGGCACUGAGUUUUUAAUCAAAAAAUUGUCCACACAGCUAGAUUCUGACUUUGUAAAAAAUCUUGAAUCAUCGACCGAAGUUUCUGGUUUAUAUUUGUUUGGUAAAGAUAGCAAAUUGCCUAAGAGAGUGAGCUAUUUCAAUGGGAUGCUAAUAAAAGACGUCGUAAUUGCGGGUGACUACUUGCUCGCUGUUGAUGAGAAAGGAAAGGUCCAUGAAUAUUUCCAUGAUGUACCAAAGGAGUUAAAACUACCUUACAAAAUUGAAAAAUGUCAAAUCAGCACAGAUUUCGUAUACUUAUUAACUAAUGGGGGAGAUAUUAUUUACUUCCCCCGUGGUGAUAAAAAGGUAUCGUAUUUCGAACCCUUGAAAUAUAGGAGUUGGCUAGGUUAUUCAAAAGAAUCUUUCUUUAACAAAAUUGAGCGUGAGAAUCAAAUAACUGACAUUUCCUGUGGUGAAAAUCAUUUGCUCAUGCUUGAUAAGAAGAGUAAGGUUUUCGUAAUGAAAACUUCUCAAGAAUCUUCAAAUUACGGUCAGUACGGUAUUCCAAAAUUUUAUCCAGUUGAUUUAGAAAUGCCUACUAAUAUACCAAUUGAGCUACAAUUAUUGAACUAUGAAUUGAUAAGCGAAAACGGUUCGAAGAGUCUCAGACGUCGAAUGAUUAAAAGCAUUGCUUGUGGAAGGAAUCACAAUAUAGUUGCAGAUAAAGAGGGCAAUAUUUGGACUUGGGGAAGAAAUUCAUUCGGAGAGUGUGGAUAUGAAGUUGGUUAUAAGAUUGAUUGUCAGCCUUUUCCAAAAAUUGCAUUAAAUAAAGAUGACAUGAUUCAAGUGAUAAAGAAUGCGGUACCCUUGAAGUCUCAUAUAAUCGAUGUAAAGAAUGUCUUUGCACUGAAUGAAACAUCUUACGUAGAAGCCCAAGUGAUUCCCUCAGAUAAGUCUUCUUCGGAUUCAGAGACUGUAUUGCUAAGUUUCGGUAAUGGAUUGAAAGGGCAGCUCGGUAUUAACCGAUUUUUACAUGUUUGUCCGAGUCCAAAUGUCUUGAAGUCGUUGCUUAAUUUGACAGAAUACAAUGAAAGAGAACAAUCAGUCGAACACAUUGGUAUCAGAGAUGUGAGUGUAGGAAACAAUCAUGUGUUUAUCACCUUAAAUAAUUUAGGGGACAAGAAGGACGUCUUAGCAUUUGGUGAUAACGAAUUCGGCCAAUUGGGAAAUGGAAAGACCGCUAAAAGUAGUAAACCCAGUCCAUUGCCGACGUUAGUGGAACCCGAAGAUUUAGAAAGUUGGGAUUUCAAAUCGAAGAAGAAAUUAGCAAAGAAGAUUGAUGACCCUGUUACUAAUAGGUUGCAGUUACUUGACGGUUGUAUCCUCCCCAAUGGAAGAAUUGAACAAGUUAUAGUUGCUGGAGAGAAUAGGUCAGCAAUAUUUUACAAACUGAAAUAA